CCCUCAAACUUGUUACCAUUUGUCAAAACUUUCAGCCCUCCCACAGCACAAACACUAUUAUUGGCUCUCCUCAUUCUCUCCAUGUUCACAACUCUUGAUUUCAUCUUCCCUCAUUCUUUGCUCUCAAAGAGGCAUUCUCAUUUCUAGUUGUCCCUCCGAAGGGCGCGCACAUGUGUGUGCGCGCACCACCACCACCGCUGCUGUCGUCGUCGUCGUCCUGCUUUGCCACCUCGAUGGCUAGAAAACGUGUUAUUCUCUCGACACGCUCCAGCUCCAACAUCGUCAUGCUGCUCAUCAUUGUCGUCUUCCUUCAUUUCGUGGUCUCGUUGGGCGAGGGGGAGGGCGACGCUGAUGGUCUCCUCAAGUUCAAGGAGUCCCUCAAGAACGCUGACAAGUUGUCCAAUUGGGACAAGGCCAAGGGCCCGUGCGAUGGCGACAUUGAGAUUUGGACGGGAGUCUUGUGCGAGAAAGGCGACGUUUGGGGGCUGAAGCUCGAGAACCUCGGUUUGAGUGGGACAAUCGAUGUCGACGCCCUCACGAAGAUGCAGAAUUUGAGAACCAUAAGCGUAAUGAAUAAUGAAUUUGAGGGGACUUUGCCAAACAUAGCGAAAUUGGGAGCGCUGAAAACCGUUUAUUUCUCUAACAACAAGUUCUCCGGGGAGAUCCCUGCCACCACUUUUAGUGGGAUGUCAUCGUUGAAGAAACUUCAUCUGGAUAACAACCAAUUUUCGGGUCCGAUUCCAGGCGUGUUGGCUGAAUUGCCUAAGCUCAUGGAGCUGAACCUGCAAAACAAUCAGUUUGAAGGUCCAAUCCCAAAUUUUCAACUUGACAGGUUGAAAGUAUUCAAUUUCUCCAGCAACAAACUCUCCGGGGAGAUCCCUCCUAGCCUCAGCAAUGCCAAUGGUUCCCUAUUUUCUGGCAACGAAGGACUAUGCGGGGCGCCGCUGCAACCAUGCGCCAUUACGCAAAGAGGGAGUACUAGAGGCCCCCCUGUGGCCAUAAUAGCCGGUGUGGCAGUAGGAGUGGUGGUAGUCUUGGUUGCAAUUGUAAUUGUCAUGAUCUCACUCCGCAAGAAGAAUUCCCCGGAGCCAGGUCAGGCGGCAGCGGCCGCUGGCGGUGCAGGGGCCCAAGCCCAGAAUAAAGACGUUACUGCCAGGAACUUAGACAAAAUGGAAGAAGGCCGUGCCACUCCAGCGCCAUCAGCGUCCCCAGAUCAUAAUGGCAAGCAGAACGUGAAGCUCACUUUCCUGAGGGAAGGCGGCGAACAAUUCGACCUGCCAGACUUGCUCAAGGCGUCGGCAGAGGUCCUGGGCAGCGGCAUUUUCGGGUCGACUUACAAAGCCGGUCUGCCUAGCGGCAAGAUGAUGGUUGUUAAGAGAUUCAAGCACAUGAACGGUAUCAGCAAGGAAGAGUUCAAUGAGCAUAUGAGAAGGCUAGGCAGGCUGAGCCACCAGAACGUGCUUCCCGUGGUAGCUUUUUACUACAGGAAGGAGGAGAAGCUCCUGGUUGCUGACUUCGCCGAUAAUCUCAGCCUCGCCACUCAGCUUCAUGGCAAGCGAUCCCGAAAGCGUCCGGCGCUGGACUGGCCGACCCGCCUGAACAUCGUGAAAGGAAUAGCCAAAGGCCUGCAAUACCUCUACAACGAGCUCCCGAGCCUGACAGCACCCCACGGCCACCUGAAAUCGUCGAACGUUCUCCUCGACAGGUCAUUGAAGCCCUUCCUCACCGACUACGCAUUAAUCCCAAUCGUAAACCAGGCAUACGCACAGGAAAACAUGAUCUCCUACAAGUCGCCGGAGUUCAAGGAGACCCGCAAGAUCAACAAGAAAACCGACAUCUGGAGCUUCGGAGUUCUGAUCCUUGAAAUCCUAACAGGGAGGUUUCCUGCACUCCAGCAGAGCAGCGGCACCGACGCCGACCUGGUGGCGUGGGUGGAGGCGGCACUCAAGAAAGAGGGCGGCCCGGUGUUCGACGCAGACAUGACGGGGACGAACAACGCCCAAGGCGAAAUGAUGAAGCUGCUGAACAUAGGAUUGAAUUGCUGCCAGGCGGACACGGAGAUGAGGCCGGAGAUCAAAGAGGUUGUGGAGAAGAUUGAUGAGAUUAAGGAGAAGGAUGUUGACGAUGAUUUCUACUCAUCGUACACGAGCGAAGGUGACAUGCGGUCUUCAAGAGGAUUAUCUGAUGAUUUCAAGACAAUUAACGUAUAGACGUUAAUAGAUAGUUUUAAUUUUUAAUUCAGCUAAAUUAAUUAGCUUUUGGAUAUGUAUAGGAUUUCUGUCUUGUAUGAUUUUCUUUCUAAUUUCUUUCUUCUUUUUUUUUUUGGUUUUGCUUUUUUUCUUGUUCUUGAUUAAUUGGGUAAUCAGAUCAUUAAUCUGGUGAUUGACUGCUAAUUAAUGAAUUCCUAUGCAUUAUUAUAAUGUACGAAAGGGACAGUAGGAAUUAUGAAAAGGACAGGAGAUUCAUUCAUCAUGGGAUGAAUCUCUCUACAAUUUUCGUAGGAUUCAUUAAAUAUAUAUGUUUUUUUUUUCUUUUUUUUGUGUGUGUAAGUUGAUGUGGAUCUUUGUAUAAAGU